AUGACAAGCAAGCUCAGUCCCAUCUACGUUCUUGGUUUGGGAAGCAUCGGGUCAUUCAUUGCGCACUCCCUUCGCUCUCUUCCCGACCCACCCUGUGUCACACUUCUCGUUCACAAAGAAGGUCUCUAUCAGGAACUUUCAUCGAGCAACUGGACACUCGGUCUUCGAAUUGGAGAGGACGGGAUUUUGGAAGAAAGAUCCGGGUUCGAUGCCGAACUGCUGGAAAAGAAAAUAUCGAGUUGUACCGACCCCAUCCGUUACUUGAUCGUCGCAGUCAAAGCAUCGGCGACAGUGACCGCCCUUGAACCAUUCAAGGCCCGAAUAGGACGAGAAACUACCAUAUGUCUCUUUCAAAAUGGCCUAGGUCAAGUUGAAGAACUAAAUGAACAACUUUUCAUUGAUCCUUCAACACGACCAACGUAUAUGUUUGGCAUCGUGCGCCAUGGCGUCUACCUGAAUUCAGCAAUCGAGGCUGUAUUGUCAGGUCCCAAUGGCUGUGCUGCAGUCGGAUUUGUAGACAGCGGUGACAAUGCAGCGCUAUGUCAGCAUCGGUUCCUCCUCGACGCUCUUCUUCGAUCGCCCAGGCUUCGUUGUACGGAAUUGAACUGGGCAGACCUUUUACGAGUUCAGUUACUGAAACUAGCCACAAAUUGCGUCAUCAAUCCAUUAACAGCAGUACUGGAUAUCCGCAACGGUGGCCUCUUUGAUAACCCUCAUCUCUGGCCAAUACAACAUUGUCUAUUGAAGGAGAUCUCGAAUGUUUUUGAGAAUCUUCCUGAAAUCAAAUGCCUGCCGCGUGACCCCGCCCAUUUCUCUGUUGCAUCUUUGACGGCCAUCGUUCAGGACACCGUGGAAAAGACUGCACAUAACUCCAGCAGUAUGCGUGAGGAUAUUCGAAAGGGGAGGCCCACCGAAAUCGGAUUUAUCAAUGGCUGGAUCAUUAAGCGAGGCAAAGAAUUGGGGCUUGACUGUGCAGUAAACAAAUGUGUGACACAACUAAUACUUGCAAAGAGUCAUCAGGGGUUUGGGAGAACUGAAAAACAAGUGUGA